AGGGCUCGAAGUGGUGUAUCUUGAAGAGUAACGCGACGACCUCCUGCCCCAGCCCAAGUGCAUCUUCCCUGUAGAUAAGCCAGCGAGUAGAAGAGAGACAAAUGAAUCACUGAAUCAAGUUGAAUUAUUUGACGUGAACAGACGAAUUUGCAGUAUAAGCGGGUUACGGAAGCUUUCCCCCUGCUGUCAAUUAAUGAGAAUGAAACUUGGGAAAACGACCUCGCGAGGUGGUGGUCAUUCCUGUGCAUCGCCGGUGGAGAAGCGGGCUGGGCACACCAUGGGGCCGGUGAACAGACGAUGUGGCGCGAGGGGUGAUCCGGGUCGACCUGCUUCCGAACCCGAUGUCCGUCCGAGGAAACUUCGGACCAAUACCCGAGGAAUGACAAUUACCGUAAUACGGUCCCCCGAUGACCCGCCACAGUCGAAUCCACUUCCAAGAGCCCGGCUCGCCGCCGUUCCGUUGCGUUUUUAA